CUACUUUCUUCUGUUCCGGACACCGUGUCUGUUUUGUAUGCGGCCCGUUACAUCGACCUGGGACUGGUUUGGAGAAAUGCUCUGCCUCUCUCUGACCACAACGACACUGGCCGUGGCAACCGAAGGACCCGUUUACACUUUCUCGCUUUCUUCAAACAGUCACGAUGAAGCAAUGGGUGUUCAGUUUGUGUGCGCUGACGGUGGUGGCCUCCUCCAUAGCCCAGCAAUACCAGCAGUUCGUGAACAGAUACGACAACUUCAACGCUGAUUCUAUCAUACAGAACGAUAGGAUCCUACUCGCCUACUACAAAUGCGUUAUGGAGAAGGGCCCUUGCACUAAGGACGGCAAGAACUUUAAGCGAGUCUUGCCGGAAACAUUGCAAACCGCGUGCGGUCGGUGCUCAUCUAAACAGAAGGUAGUCGUGCGGAAAAUGCUCCUCGGCAUCAAGGCGAAGAGUGAACCGCGUUUCCUUGAACUACUGGAAAAGUACGACCCGACACAAGCCAAUAGAGAGGCCCUCUACAACUUUUUAGUUACGGGAACAGCACAUUUAUUAUUUUAUUCGUGUGAUUUAAAACUUAAAAUGAAGGUGAUAAUACUUGCGUUGUGCAUUAUAGCGUUAGCUUUCGCUGAAGACAAAUACGAUUCUUCUAGCGAUGAUAUAGAUCUCAGCGAAGUGUUAGGCAAUGAUCGGCUCAUUGCUGCAUAUUCAAAAUGUUUGCUAGAUAAAGGAGCUUGCACUCCAGAAGUCAAGAAACUCAAAGAAAAAUUGCCGGAAGUUUUAGAAACACGAUGUGGAAAGUGCACGAAUAAGCAAAAGCAGAUAGGAAAACAAUUGAUUAGUGAAAUCAAAACCAAACAUCCUGAAACUUGGUCACAGCUAGCUGCUUUCUACGAUCCACAAGGAAAAUACAAGCAAUCGUUGGAAGAAUUUCUUAAAUCUUAAUUUUAAUUAAUUAUCACUAUAAAUAUUACAGGAACAAAAAAUAAUCCAAUAGGUUUGAGGUGCAAAUAAAGAUGAUUUAUUACAUUUAUAUAAA